UCGAACGCCUCGCAAGCACCUCUCCCUGAUCCUCUGAAAGACCAGGGUUCUUGAACCCGUCCUUUGAGUGAAACGAUCUUACGCGCAACAUCUGGAGAAGUACUCAAACGCGUUCGUCAUGGAUUUGCAGCGGAAUCUCAACCUCGCCGAAAGCAGCGAUCUGCACGAGCACGAUGAACCCGAGGGCAUCAAUGCCGAAGAUAUUGAAGAAGUCGUCGAGCUAGGCGACGAUGAUGGCGACGAGCCGAUGGACGAAGAUGAGGAUGAAGAAAACGGUGGGUAUGAAGUCCAAGCAGGUGAUUUGGAUGACCACGAUGGGGGGGACGACAUGCAACAGACUAUCGAAGACACCUCCAUUGCAGCCUUCCAUGACCACAGGUCCUCUGUCUUUACCGUCGCGCUGCACCCCUCCUACCCCAAUCCUCCCCUGGCUAUCUCAGGCGGCGAAGACGAUGCAGGGUACAUAUGGUCCACACACUCCGGCGAACCCCUCGCCAAGCUGUCAGGACACACAGACAGCGUCAUCGCUGCGGGCUUCAACUUCAAAGGCGACAUGGCGGCCACCGGGGGCAUGGACGGGCGGAUACGCGUCUGGAGGCGGCGAGGCGGAGAAGACGAAUGGGGGGCAUGGGAGUUUCUGGCGAAUCUGGAAGGACCGGAUGAAGUGGUUUGGAUUGAAUGGCACCCGCGAGGGAACGUCAUUGCAGCAGGAGGAACAGACUCGACAGUGUGGAUGUGGACACUCCCGUUGGGUAAGACGAUGCAGGUGUUUUCAGGGCACACGGCUGCAGUAACCACUGGCAGCUUUACACCCGAUGGCAAGAAGCUCAUCACCGCUUCCGAGGAUGGAUCGCUGAUCGUCUGGGAUCCACGCUCGCCAGCGCCUGUCGCGAAGCUGCAGGCGUCCGACGCACGCUUCAACCUCCCCGGCGGCAUCACCAAGCUGCGCAUCUCACCCGAUAGCAGGACCGUGAUCAUCGGCGGCGCGGCGGGGCACCUGCGUAUCGUCAGCAUUGCGCACGUCGAUGAUGAGGGCUCCAUCGCUGUCGUCGCGACGCUUGCAGGGCACGAGGAAGGGGAAAGCGUCGAGGCGAUCGAGUUCAUCGACCUUUUCGGCGUCACAGCUGGGUCAGCACCAACACCUUCAAGUUCAGCAUUAUCAGGGGCAGCCACAGCCACGGUCCCUGCAAAGCCGGUAACGACUGUCAUUACAGGUGCAACAGACGGGAAAGGAUACGUAUGGGACAUCUCGACCGGAAAGAUGCGCAACUCAAUCUCGCACGACGCAGCCAUUACAUCGAUUGUUGUCCACUCACGUCCUGGCGCCGCCGCCAUGCCCUCCCCGCUCUUCUCGACCAGCAGCGCAGAUCACACUAUCAAGACGUGGGACGCGCGUAGUGGCGCGUGCAUUGGCACACAAACCGGCUUCACUGAUGGCGUCCUCGCGCUCGCUGUCGGCAGGGACGACGGCUACACACAGGGCGCCGAGACCGGCGGGAUCGGAGCAUACGCUCGCGGUGGCGGCGCAGGGUGGAAGCUCGUCGGUGCUGGCGACGAGGGCGUUGCGCUUGUUUUCAGAGUAUAGACGUGCUUCUGCCCGCUCCUGAAAUGACAUUUGCGUUCCCGACUUAAUCGCAGACUGUUAUUCAGUGAUUUGCUAAGAUG